GCCUCUGUGUAACUUGAUUUAUGAGGCAAGUAUGGGUUGGAGUAUCUGCGCUUUCAAAGUUGGCGCAGAUAAAUAUUCCUUGCCUACCUGCCGGCUGCGCGCUUCCUUUUUCAACACCCACUCAGCCCGCCCUUGUCAAGUCAUUUGUUGGUACCUAAGUGAAAGCCUCGUUUCGCUGAGAAGAUCUCCCCGUUAAACUGACGCUGCCGGCGGGUCCGGGAAACUGACGCUGCUGGCGGGAAGUGAACUGAACAUUAAAUUGGUGAUCAACAUUGGACCAGGUUUAAGUUUUAUUAUGCAGAAAGUCUUCUCAGCACUGAUCUCCAACAUGAAAGAGCUCCGGGUCAUCUUUAUGCUGUUUUGGGCAGCUGGACUCAUGCAGUGCUUUCCAGCCACAGCAAGUCAAGGUGGAAACAGUUUGGAAAAGCUGUUUUUCUGCAUGGACCCACGAUGUGCCAAAAACGUGAUUACCAUUUUUUGUGACGACAAGCUGGUGUCAUUUGACCAAAUCGCAGAUUGUAAGUCUGCAGGACCUCCACCGCCCCGAACUGUCUGCCAGCAUGACGGUCGGGCAUUCGUUUUCACCGAUACAAGCGGCCGGUGUGAAUUUGAAGCGGAAAGCAGAGAUCUUAAGACUGGAAAUUGCAAAGACCACAGCGACAUUUGCACUUUUUUCAAUGGAAACAGUAAUGGUGUAGCUACUACUACACCCUCACCAGUCACCACAGAGGCUUCGCGACACGAUCCUGCAAAACGUGGACACAUUGUCGUUGGAGUUGUUGUUUCAGUACUACUACUACUAGGAGUUUCAUGUCUGAUUGCAUAUUUAGUACGAAGAAGAAACACAGAGAGGAAUCAGCAAACAAGGGACCCUAGGGAAGAAUUCCCCCUACAAACUAGCGAUACUCGUGGUGACCCAUUGGAGGAUGUCAGCUCUCUACCUCAACAUCACCUUGGCACUUAAACUUCGUCAGUGGCGUCUUACGAAGUACGACGAAACGUAUUAUUAUUAUUUGUCGUUAACUCUCAGGAUGAUCAACUCACUAAAUUUUGUAUGUACUGUAAGUCAGGGCUGAGGAAAAUAUGUAGUGAAAUGACUCAACGGUUGCAAGCCGCUCUCUG